AUGAUCCUUGGGUCAUCACGAGCACGUAGGAAUUCGCGGAUCUCAAUUUGGUUAACGUUUGAACCCCGAACGGAUCUCGCAUAUUGUUGUUUGACGGAUCAUAAAACGGAGUCCCGGAUACUCCAGGAAUGCCAACCUGAGAACCAGGUUUACAGUAAACAGUUCAGUUAUAGAUCAGGAACAGAACAAAGAACUAUGUGUGGCUUGAUCCCUCAGAAAGGGUACGUAGGCAGCCUACAGUUAUCAGGCGCAGCCACGAGUUUCGACCCGGAUUCCAAAGUGGAAAUUGGGUCAGGUCGUUUCAUUGGAAAUUGCCGACAGCAUGACUACACAGACCUAAACAAGGCCUGUCCGAAGGAUAGCUUCCCGUUACCUAGGAUUGACCAGCUCGUUGAUGCGACGGCAGGUUACGAACUGCUCAGCUUCAUGGACGACUAUUCAGGAUACAACCAGAUAUUCAUGCACCCUCCCAACAGCGAGCAUACGGCAUUCAUCACUGACCGUGGAUUGUAUUGUUACAACGUCAUGUCGUUCGGCCUGAAAAACGCAGGGGCAACAUAUCAAAGGCUUGUCAAUCGAAUUUUCGCUAAACACAUCGGCAGCAUCAUGGAGGUGUAUGUCGACGAUAUGUUGGUGAAAAGCGGAACGGCAGAGGAGCAUCUGGAGAAGGCAUCAGUGUGUCUGCGAAAAAUCAAGGUCAUAAUCUACAUGGAGAGGCCAAAAACGCAGAAGGACAUUCAGAACCUUACCGGGCGUGUCGCUGCCUUAACCCGCUUCAUCUCCAAGGCUACCGAUAAAUGCGUACCGUUCUUUAAAGCCUUGAAAGGGGGCAAACAGAAUAUUACGUGGACCGCCGAAUGCAACAAGGCAUUUCAAGACCUAAUGAACUACAUGAGUAAAGCACCGCUAUUGUCAAAAACACUUCCUGGAGAAGUUCUCCUUCUCUACCUUUCGGUAUCCAGCACUGUCGUUAGCUCAGUGUUGAUACGAAAGCCAGAGAAGGCAGAACUACCGAUCUUCUAUGUCAGCAAGGCGCUGCAGAGCUUCGGUAUCCCCCCCUUGGAACAGCUAGCUCUAGCCCUCGUCGUCUCAGCUCGAAGGCUCCGCCCAUACUUCCAAGCGCACGAGAUCACGGUUCUAACCAAUCAACCCCUUCGGCAGGUACUCCAAAAGCCAGAAACAUCCGGCCAAUUGGUAAAAUGGGCGAUUGAGCUCAGAGAAUUUGACAUACAAUUCAAGCCCAGGCCUACAGAGAAGGGUCAAUCUGUUGCCGAUUUCAUUUCUGAGCUUACACCUACGGUACCAUUAGAACCUGCCAUUUCAGAUGCUGAUGCCGGAAAACCAGAAAGGCAGAAUACCGAAUGCCUUGAUUCUUCCGUUCCUGUAUGGAUUCUGCAUGUCGAUGGCUCUUCAAAUCAACAAGGUUGUGGGGCUGGUCUGGUGUUGACUACUCCAGACGGAGCCAAGGUCGAGUAUGCCCUUCGAUUCAACUUCAGAACCUCCAACAAUGAGGCAAAGUAUGAGGAUCUCUUGGUCGGCCUUUGGCUAGCCAAGAGCAUGAGCGCAAAACAAAUCAGCAUUCACAGUGACUCCCAGCUCAUAGUGAAUCAGAUAACGGCAGACUUCGCAGCCAAGGAUGCCUCUAUGUUAGCCUACCUAUCGGCAGCCCACCAACUCCUACAAAAAUUCCAGGCCUACCAGAUUUGGCAGAUCUCCAGAUCAGAAAACAGUCACGCCGACGCCAAGCGACAAGGUCGGAAGGAAGGUGCCGGUGGAGAUAUUAUCCCAACCAAGCACGGCAGCUGCUGA